UGAAAAAAUGAAUUCCAAGGAAAAUCAUCCAAAGAAAAAAGGAUGUGACAAAGGCAUCGUGAAGAAGUUUAAAAUGAAACUUGACCUCAUAUUUUGUAAGCAAUAAACUACAAUGGCUUAGUUAAUCAAGGAGCAACCUGUUAUUUGAACAGUGUUCUGCAGGUCCUCUUCAUGACUAAGGACUUCAGAGAGGCUGUGGAAAGUCACUGUGGUCAAGAUCAGAAGACUGCUGAUUUUCACCUGAAAAACCUAUUUAAGACGUUAAAGACAAGUGAAACUCACACAAAGGACAUCUUAUCGAUACUGGGCAUUGAAAAUGUAUACAAGCAACGGGAUGCUGCUGAAUAUUUUGAGAGUAUUUUAAGCAUGGUCAAUCCUUAUGUGUCGAAGAUCUUUAAAGGACAUUUGAAACACACAACGAGAUGUUCAGAAGGUCAUGUGACCAGUGAUAAAACUGGUCCAUUCUGGACUCUGCCACUCUCAAUGGAAAAUCCAUCAGACUCUAACAAAACCUACAGUGUGAGGGAAGGUUUUAAGGAGUUUUUCAAGUCUUCAACUGUCAGUGGGAUGUAUUGUGACCAAUGCAAUGAGAAAACCGAUUCAACCAUUGCAUGUAAAAUGGAACAUCCCCCAGAGAUUCUAACUCUGCUCCUCAAGAGGUUUGAGUUUGACUACCACAGGAUGUCAUAUGUCAAAAACGACUGCUGUGUGGAUGUUCCUCACACGUUACGGACAAAGAACUGUGACUAUGAACUCUAUGCAGUUGUGGACCAUGUGGGAAGUCUAAGAGGUGGACAUUACACAGCUAAAAUCAAGCCCUAUGAUGAUCACAACUGGUAUGUGUUCGAUGACAGCUACGUCACACAGCUCAAUUCAAAACCAUUUGAACAAGUUGAGAGUUUUAGGUCCCAGAGUGCGUACCUGCUUAUGUACAGGAAAUUGGAUUCUCCAGAUCGUCAGAUGAACCAUGCAACCGACCACAAAAGUUCACUCGGUGACUCAACUCCUCCCUGUUCCUUAGAGACAGGAGCCAGCAGAACAAGAGCAGAAGAAGAGAGAAAAGCUCCUGCUCCUCAAAAGAGGCAAAGACAGUAAUUUUCUUGUUGUCAACUGCCUCCACAUAGAACAUCUCAUAAUGUCUCUAACUGGAACGAGAACAUGAAUGGUUCCUUGAGGAGAAUAUUUCUCUUCAUCCAGGCCAUCAUACAACCGUAGUUCUUUAAGAGUUGUAAUGCGGUCUUCCCCGUCCACCCCAAUUACACUAGGGAGGGACACGGUGCCUUUAAAUGGUUGGCGUUCACACCAUUGUGCUGCCUCUAGGGUGUCCAUUAGAAGAACAUCUGCUUCCUUGAAGAAAAAGGAAGAAUAAAUAUUGAGACUAGUGCCUCAUUGGGUGAUCAAGUCAAAUUACACCCCACUUUCACAAUACCACCAUGCAAACAAAAGACACUAUUACUAAAGGGGGUUUCAGUGAUAUCUAUAACUACUCAACAAGUCAUCACAACUAUUAUAUCUUGCCAUGCAUCAAGCCUUCAGCAUUACACACAGUAGACUACAUACCCAGUUCACAGCUCCCAGUUCGCCGUGCAUUUUGUUUUCAGUAUCGUCUAGAAAGAAAACAGAUUGUGGUCAUUAAGUAAUGUAAGGGAACCUCUAGGGAUGUGUGUACAAGAAUGCACCUUACUUUAGCUAAUAGCCUAUACAGUACCUGAUCCUGCAGAGCUGGAUGCUGAUGUGACAUGCU